AAUGAUGUUAAAUAAGGUUUUGACAUUGAAUACCGCCAGUCGAAAUAGGAUGUUCCCAAUUUAUUGUUUAUAAAUAUAAUACUUAUACAUAAAUGAGUUAGUGAAAAAAGUACAAACAUAGAAUAUUAAUAUGAUUUGGAGUUGCGUAUUUUUUGGUUACAUUUUAGGAUGCUUGGGCACUGCUGAUGUAAAAAUAGACGUUACAUUGAAUGGAUUUUCAAUUACCCAGUUUAUAUCCGAACGCGGAUACCCAGUGGAGGCGCACGUCGACAUUGAAACCGAAGACGGAUAUCUUCUGGAUAUGUUCAGAAUCCCGCACGGAGUACAAGAAAACAACGCGACCGACAACAAAAGCAGACCUGCCGCUCUUCUAAUGCACGGGCUAAUGGGAUCAGCUGAGAAUUUUGUCAUCUUAGGACCCGAUAAAAGUCUGGCCUUCCUGCUGGCCGACGCUGGUUAUGACGUAUGGUUGGGAAACGCCAGAGGAACCACGCACUCCAGAAAACACAAUACCUUGAACCCCGAUUAUGACAAGGAGUUUUGGGACUUCAGUUGGCAUGAGAUUGGAGUGUUUGAUCUGCCAGCAAAACUGGACUACAUCAUGAGUGAAACUAACCAAACGGAGAUUUUCUACAUCGGGCAUUCGCAAGGAACCACAUCUUUCUUCGUUAUGGCGUCCGAGAGACCUGAUUACAACAAGAAUAUCAAGUUGAUGAUCGCUCUAGCCCCUGUGGCUUUUAUGACGAACGCACCGAACCCUGCCAUACAAGCAAUAGCGUUGUUUGAAAGAAGUUUAUCGAUUGUUUCAAAUUUGGUUGGGCUUAAUGAAUUUAUUCCCAAUAAUGAACUGCUUAAGCUUGCCGGGCAAGCGAUUUGCCUGAGAACAGCUAUAACAAAGGAAUUGUGUGCAAAUGCAGCGUUUUUAAUCGCUGGGUAUGAUUCAGAUCAACUGGACAGGUCAUAUCUUCCUAUAAUAACGCAAACAACUCCAUCUAGUUGUUCGAUCAAGCAAUUUGCUCAUUAUGGACAAGAAAUAAACUCAGAAAGCUUACCUUCUAUGACAUGUAAAGCUUUAAAUUGGGGUCCAGUAAAAUUUGUGUUUAAAAUGAUAGGCGUUGGCGGUUGUACCUGGUAUCAUGGUACGUUUAAAAAAUUUGAUUAUGGGUACAGUGGAAACCUAGAAAGAUAUGGGACUGAUGUACCACCUUCUUAUGAUUUAUCCCAAAUCACAGCCCCCAUUGCGUUGUACUACAGCACUAAUGAUUUGCUAACGUCUCCAAAAGAUGUCGAGUAUCUAGCAACGAAACUUCCUAACCUAGUUUUAAAAUAUCUGAUUCCCUACGAAAGUUUUAACCACUUGGACUUUAUUGUAGCUAAAGAUGUGAUACCUUUAUUAUAUGGUAGAGUUAUGGAUUUAAUGAAUGCAAAUAAAAUUUAAAAACAU